AUGCCUGGCUAUUCCCAAUCGUCCUCAGACGACGGCUUUGGCCCCUUAGAAGAUGUGAUGCCUGCUGAUGUACCGGCCUCCUGGUCUCAAAACCAAGACGUCCUCUCGGCCGCCGCCGAGGAUGUGUUCCUGGACAAUGAGGUUUCGUUGCCUUCAGACGAGCCCGCGCCAGGCAUACCGGUCAUAAUGAAUGCAAGAGCAUACCAAACUGAGAUGUUUGCCCAAAGUAUGAGGCAAAACAUCAUCGUAGCUAUGGACACCGGGAGUGGCAAAACACAGGUAGCUGUCUUGCGAAUAAGGGCAGAGGUGGAAAGGACUUCAUCAAAGCAUAUCGUCUGGUUCCUGGCCCCCACGGUAUCACUAUGCGCCCAACAGUUCGCGGUGCUCCAGUCUCAAAUUCCCGAGGUCCAAAUCAAGUUCCUCAGUGGUGAUGACAAUGUCGACUCUUGGUCGGACCAAAGAACGUGGGACGAAGUACUUCAUAAUGUCCGGAUCGUUGUGUCGACAUAUCAGAUAUUGCUUGAUGCACUGUCGCAUGCAUUCGUGCGUAUGGAGAGGCUGUCCCUGAUUGUUUUCGACGAAGCUCAUAACUGCAUCGGUAAGUCUCCGGGGAGCAAGAUCAUGACGGUCUUCUAUCACGAAGAGAAGAGCAAAGGUCGUUAUACACCUCACAUCUUGGGUUUGACGGCAAGUCCAACAUUUGGCUCCAAAGUCGAGGGCAUCAACGCCCUUGAAGCUACACUGGAUGCCGUCUGCAAAAGCCCUACAGUACAUCGCAGCGAUCUCCUUGCUUGUGUCAAGAAGCCAACUAUGACCUACAUCUCCUUCCAACCUCAUAGACACUACGACCGUCCAGGCAGCUUGCAGAGCCUGAGGAAAGCCAUCCAAAGCCUUGAUAUCCUGGAUGAUCCUUAUAUUCUCCACCUUCAAUCGGAGGGGACCGAACGUAGCCAGCGCGCCCUCGCGGCGGCUUUGGAAAGCUACGACACCCAUACUCAAAACCAAAUGACGGCGUUUGGCCGCCAGGCGAAUCAGAUAUUCAGCGACCUUGGCCCUUGGGCUGCAGAAUAUUACAUCUGGGUAGUCAAAUCACGGUUCAUGGCUGCGCUUCGGUCACAGAGCAUCUGGUUGAACACAUGGAAGGAUAGCGAGAAAGAAUACCUUGUCAAGAUUCUCAGUCAGGUCGAGUGCCAAUGUCCGUCGGAGGAGACAAUUAGCCGGGAUGUUCUGUCAGAAAAAGUAUUCUUACUUAUCGAGCAGCUCUUGCAAGACAAGACCGACAUCAUGGGCAUUGUUUUUGUCCGAGAGAGGGCGACGGUCUCGGUUUUGUGCCACUUGCUCACAUCUCACAAGCUGCUUCGGGCUCGGUAUCGGAUAGGGACCAUGGUGGGCACCUCGCAGUUCCAGGCCAGGAAGAGAGACAUAUGGGAUCUCUCUCGGAGUGAAGACUUGCAGUCGCUGCACCAGUUUCGAAAUGGGAACACCAACCUGCUCAUUGCGACCAGUGUCCUUGAGGAAGGCAUUGACGUACCGGCCUGUAACGUGGUCAUCUGUUUUGAUAACCCGCCAAACCUGAAAUCCUUCAUUCAACGCCGCGGGCGAGCCCGGAUGAAGGACUCGAAACUCCUGAUGCUGCAUGAUUCCUGGGGGUCUGCUAAGAGGGAAUGGGCGGCUCUGGAGGCAGAGAUGAAGAGCCAGUAUGAAGAACAAGAGCGAGAGCUUGAGCAUCUCCAAGAGGUCGAGGAUACUAAAGAGUCGACAGAGAUGAGUUUUAUGAUCAACCAAACAGGGGCAGUCUUGGAUCCCGACAAUGCGAAACAGCAUCUUGACCAUCUUUGCCGGAUUCUGUCGCCAGGGGAGUUCAUCGACUGGAGACCCGACUACAUCAUCAAGAAGCUCGGCGCAGUAGACGAUCCCGAUAUAAGGGCCACAGUGGUUUUACCGAGCUAUCUCCCGUCUCAUGUCCGUACCGCCGAGAGCCAAACGGCGUGGAAGUCGGAGAAGAACGCCACCAAAGACGCCGCGUUUCAGGCUUAUGUCGGUCUCUACAAGGCAGGGCUCGUUAACGACAAUCUUUUGCCGUUCAGGCCGGAGGAUUUCGUACCUGGUGCUGGCAAGGUACCCGCAAUUAUUCAGGCUAAUGGUCUGCUUAAUGCUUGGGUCAAGGUGGCCGAGGCUUGGAAAGUCGGGGACAGCCUGCGGUCGACCCGCAUCCUACUCAAGGACUCAGCCGGGGCUCUCCAAGGAGAGUACGAAAUGGUCCUUCCCGUCUGGAUUCCAGGGCUGCAGACAAUAUCCGUUCAUCUGGACUAUCUUACCACCUGGUCACUCGAGUUCGGGGAACAGCUUCCCAUCGACGAGCUGACUGGCAAAGAUGACACGGCUGUGCUGCUCGCCCUGCCCUACAGCCACCGCUGGAUGCCAACAGACGCUCAGCAGGUCGUUAGGUUCAGCGUGGUUGACGGCGCUGAUCUCUCUGUAACCCAAAUCGGGGCCAAUGAGUUCGUCCAAGGACAAAUGUCGGCACACGAUAUGACGUGCUUCAUACGUGAUCAGUCUGGAUGUCCUCAUAUCUACGACGGCAUCAUCCCCAAAAAGCCGGCGCCCCAGUCUGUACAAAAGACGUUUUACGAGUUCGAAACGGCGCCCGAAGACGUGCCCUAUAUAGCACUGAAGAAAUGGUCGCGUCGAUCAGACUUCCUCCAUCGACCGCAGAGCGAACCCGGUCAAAGUCCGAGUAGUUCCAAGCCAUACAACCGAGUCUACCCUAUGCCAUGGGCAAAGGUAGACACAAUACCAGCCAAGUAUGCCCAGUUUGGGGUGCUGAUACCCUCCAUUCUGCAUCACAUCGAAACCCGCCUUGUCGCGCGCGAGCUAUCUUUGGGUCUCUUGAGGCCGUUGGCGAUCUCGGACCUGUCACUGAUACUCACAGCCAUCAGCACGGGGAGUGCUGCCGAGCCUACCAACUAUGAAAGGAUUGAGUUUCUCGGAGAUUCUAUUCUCAAGUUCUCCACUACAAUCAACGUGGCCGCCUUGAACCCGCAAUGGCCAGAACGGCUUCUUUCCUUCCACAAAGAUGCCAUCGUGUCCAACUCGACUCUCUGUAAGGCCGCCGUUAAGCACGGGCUUGACAGGUACAUCCUCACCAAGCCGUUCACGGGGCAGAAAUGGCGCCCAAUCUACGUGGACAGCGUCCUUAGUCGCGGUCAAGACAAGUCCACGAGGAAGAUAUCGACAAAGACGCUCGCAGACAUCGUCGAGGCGCUUAUAGGGGCCUCGAUGAUCGACGGCGGCCUGGACAAGGCGCUCAAGUGCAUGUCCAUCUUCCUCCAACAGAUCAAUUGGAGAACUCCGGACGCCUGCAGGCUGGCGUUGUACAACGUCUCUCCCCCGGACGUAGAGCUGCCCUCGACCCUUGAGCCCUUGGAGCAGCUCAUCGAAUACGAGUUCGACAGGAAAACGCUUCUCAUCCAAGCCAUGACACAUGCUUCGUUCAACCUCGGCAAUCCCUUCGGGUGCCUGGAGCGCCUCGAGUUUAUCGGAGACUCGGUCCUCGACUACGUCGUCGUCAACCGCCUCUUCGCCGUCGAGCCCCCGCUCCCGCACCAGACCAUGCACCUCCUCAAGACGGCCAUGGUCAACGGCGACUUCCUCGGCUUCCUGUCCCUGGAGCAAUCCGUCGGUCAGGACGAAGUCGUCCUCGGUGAAAACACCGGCAAGGAGCCUGACCUGCAGCACUCCCGCUUCGCCCUGCCCCUGUGGAAGUUUAUGCGCCACCAGUCGCCCGCAAUCGGCCUGGAGCAGAUCAACGUGCACAAGCGGUACACCGCUCUCAGGGACCAAAUCAUCGACUCAAUGGAGCGGGGCAAAACGUACCCCUGGGCACUCCUCGCGCGCAUGCAGCUCCGGAAAUUCUACUCGGACAUCUUCGAGUCUCUCCUCGGCGCCGUGUACAUCGACUCCGGAGACCUUGACGUAUGCGCCCGGGUGGUUGAGCGCUUCGGCAUCACGGGGUACCUGGACCGCAUCCUUCGGGACGGCGUGCACGUGCUGCACCCCAAGGAGGAGCUGGGUCACCUCGCCGACAAGGAGAGAGUCACCUACGUUCUCGACACGCGGCAGGCGAGCGACGACGCGGGCGGGGAAAAGGAGUACCUGUGCAGGGUCUUGGUCGGCACCCGGUACGUCGUCGAGGUCGACGGGGGCAUCACCCGGGAGGAGGUCAAGGUCAAGGCGGCCGAGGCGGCGGUAAACAUACUAAAGGCGGAAAAAAUAGCGGAGAAGAUCCAAGGCAUGGUGGUGCUAAAAGAUAGGGACACAGCCAUGUAG